UCUCUUUUAUUUAUCUCUAUAAUACCCUUCAUUCUUUUCAUAAUCUAACGUUUCCAUCCCUCUCUCUAUUAUAAUCAAUCGUUAAUCCCUUCAUAAACCUCAUUUUUUUCAUUAAUCUCGACUCCAAUGGCCGACGAAGCGAAAGCUAAGGGCAACGCCGCCUUCUCCGCCGGCGACUUCUCGACGGCAGUCAAACACUUCACAGAAGCAAUCGCUUUAGCCCCGACGAACCAUGUCCUCUACUCCAACCGAUCCGCCGCUCAGGCUUCUCUCCACAACUACGCCGACGCAUUAGCCGACGCCAAAAGAACCGUUGAGCUCAAAGCCGACUGGUCUAAAGGCUACUCCCGCCUCGGCGCCGCUCACUUAGGUCUAAACCAAGUCCAAGAUGCUAUCUCCGCCUAUAAAAAGGGUCUUGAAGUUGACCCUAAUAAUGAAGCGUUGAAGUCCGGCUUAGCUGAUGCUCAGGCGGCUGCCUCCAGGUCACGUGCGGCUCCUCCGCCGUCUCCGUUCGGAGACGCCUUUUCCGGACCGGAGAUGUGGGCGAAAUUGACGGCGGAUCCUACGACUAGGAUGUAUCUACAGCAGCCUGAUUUUGUGAAGAUGAUGCAAGAGAUUCAGAAAAACCCUAAUAAUUUAAAUCUUUAUUUGAAAGACCAGAGGGUUAUGCAAGCUUUAGGGGCUUUGUUGAAUGUUAAAUUCAGAGCUCCGAAUGCUGGAGAAGACAUGGAGAUGCCCGAGGAUGAAUCCUCUUCUCCUCCUGGUUCUGCUUCGGCUUCCCAUGCUGAGGCGGCUAAGGAAGAGAAGAAGGCGGCAGAACCGGAGCCGAUGGAGGUGGUUGAAGAGGAGAGUGAAGAGAAGCAGAAGAAAGCUCAAGCUGUGAAAGAGAAGGAAUUGGGGAAUGCUGCUUAUAAGAAGAAGGAUUUUGAAACUGCUAUUGCUCAUUAUUCUAAAGCAUUGGAGCUUGAUGAUGAGGAUAUUUCUUACUUGACUAAUCGUGCUGCUGUUUAUCUCGAGAUGGGUCAGUACGAGGAUUGUAUAAAAGACUGUGACAAGGCUGUUGAGAGGGGAAGAGAACUUAGAUCAGACUACAAGAUGGUAGCUAGAGCUUUGACAAGGAAAGGCAAUGCCCUGGUGAAAAUGGCUAAAACCUCGAAGGAAUUUGAUCCUGCUAUAGAGGCAUUUCAGAAAGCUCUUACUGAGCACCGCAAUCCAGACACAUUGAAGAAGCUAAAUGAAGCACAGAGAGCAAAGAAGGAACUUGAGCAACGUGAAGACUAUGACCCGAAGUUGGCUGCUGAGGAACGUGAGAAAGGUAAUGAAUAUUUCAAGCAGCAAAAUUAUCCAGAGGCUGUGAAACAUUACACAGAAGCUUUGAGAAGGAACCCUGAAGAUGUAAAGGCAUACAGUAAUAGAGCUGCAUGCUACACUAAAUUGACAGCUUUGCCCGAAGGAUUGAAAGAUGCAGAAAAAUGCAUUGAGCUUGAUCCAACUUUUGUAAAGGGUUAUACAAGAAAGGCUGCGAUCCAAUUUUUCAUGAAAGAAUAUGAGAAGGCCUUGGAGACCUACCAGCAAGGGCUUAAACAUGACCCUCAGAACCAGGAAUUGAUUGAUGGUGUUCGAAGGUGCGUGGAGCAACAGAACAAGGCUAGCCGUGGUGAUCUUACACCUGAUGAACUGAAAGAGAGACAGGCGAAGGGGAUGCAAGAUCCAGAAGUUCAGAACAUUCUUUCCGAUCCCGUCAUGAGACAGGUGCUGGUUGACUUCCAAGAAAAUCCCAAGUCUGCUCAGGAUCACAUGAAGAACCCCAUGGUGAUGAAUAAAAUUCAGAAACUUAUCAAUGCAGGAAUAGUCCAGAUCAAAUAGACUUCUACAUAGAGAAUCAGAAAUGCAGCUUCUUUUCGUCCCUGAAUUGUAAUUUUCACAUUGAUAAAAACUAAAUUGAGCAGGAAAUUUUUGUGA